AUGAAUGACACGCAGUGUUACUCACCAACUGCGAGGAACUCGCCUCCCCGUCCAGAGGCAGGGCCGCCCCCGCAACAAGGAAAAAAAGCCAAGCAGGAGCCGCAGGCCCCAGAAACACGGGGGACAAGCACGUGGUUCCCGUCCGGGGGGCGGGAGGGAGGGGGAGCAGGCCUCCAGGACACGAACUGGAUCCCCCGACCCUCGAGUCACCCCGGAUUCCCGACCCCCCCCACGGAGACCUGGCCGCGCACGGGGGCUCUCAGGACCCCGCGAUCUCAAUGCGGGGCAGGCGCGGGGCAGCGGGAGGCCCCGUCCGGCCACGUGGACCCGGGAGCUGACUCCGCCCCCCUCCCGACUCCCACGCGCUCAGAAACCCGCCCCGGACCCGAGCCCCGGGGUCAGCCCGCACGGUGCCCCGGACCCCAGCCCCGGGGUCAGCCCGCACGGUGCCCCGGACCCGAGCCCUGGGGUCAGCCCGCUCGGUGCCCCGGACCCUGCACGGUGCCCCGGACCCUAGCCCUCCCCGGACCCGAGCCCCGGGGUCAGCCCGCUCGGUGCCCCGGACCCUGCACGGUGCCCCGGACCCUAGCCCUGGGGUCAGCCCACACGGUGCCCCGGACCCGAGCCCCGGGGUCAGCCCGCACGGUGCCCCGGACCCCGCACGGUGCCCCGGACCCGAGCCCUGGGGUCAGCCUGCACGGUGCCCCGGACCCGAGCCCCGGGGCUAUGAUCCACUACCAAAGAGCAAAGUCCAACGUGGCCCUAUUGCAGGCAUAUGCCCUUCAUGCUUGUUCAAGGUCAGAGAUGCCUAUAGCACACCUUGGUCAGACUAUCAUGGUGCCUGCACUGCUGAUUCUUUUGGGGGCUGCAGUGAUAUUGCAAGUGGACUUGGUUCCUGACAGAAAGCUUUUACUUCUUCCACCUGUCAACUUCACCAUCAAAUUUAUGGGUUUGUCCCAAGUUCUUUUGCGUUGGCACCCAAAUCCUGACCAGGAGCCAUGGAAUGUUAAUCUAGAAUAUUAUGUGAAAAUACACAGCCCACAAGAAGAUGAUUACGAAACCAGGAAGACUGAAAGCAGGUGUGUAAUUCCGCUCCAUCGUGGCUUCUCGGCAAGUGUGCAGACCAUCGCGUGGUACCGGGGCUCGCUCCUGGCCAGCACCUGGGUUUCUGCAGAACUUCAAGCCCCACCAGGGGCUCCUGGGACCUCCGCCAUAAAUUUAACUUGCAUUACCACCACCACCACCACCACCACGGCCAUUGUGGUAGGUAAUUACACAGGUUUAAGGUCGUACCGAGUUUCUCUGCGUUGUGCCUGGCUUGCUGGAGAGGAGGCCCCUGACGACGUACAGUACUUCCUCUAUUAUAGGUAUGGCUCCGUGACAGAACAAUGCCAAGCCUACAGCAAAGACGCACGGAGCAGAAAUACUGCAUGCUGGUUCCCCGAGACGUUUAUCCACAGCAGAGGCCGUGAGUGGCUCGCAGUGCACGUGAAUGGCUCCAGCAAGCAGACUACCAUCCAGCCGCUGGAUCAGCUAUUUGCUCUACAUGCCAUUGAUCAAGUAAAUCCUCCAAUGAACCUCACAGCUGAGAUUCAAGGAACUCACCUCUUUAUCCAUUGGGAGAAACCAGUUUCUGCCUUUCCAGUCCAGUGUUUUGAUUAUGAAGUGAAAAUUUGUAAUGCAAAGAAUGGUUAUUUUCAGAUGGAAAAAGUGACAACCAAUGAAUUCAUCUCAACCACUCACGGUAUUUCUAAGUAUUCCAUUCAAGUGCGGGCCACGGUGAGCUCUGUGUGCCGUGAGCCGGGGCUCUGGAGUGAGUGGAGUCAGCCUGUUCAUGCAGGGAAUGAUGAGCAGGAGCCCUGGGCAGGAUGGUUUUUCAUUGCACUCACAGCCACGGUCUGCAUUCUCUUGUUCAUUUCCUUCCUCAUCUGCAGAGUAUACAAUUUGUGGACCAAACUGUUUCCACCAAUUCCAGCACCCAAAAGUAACAUCAAAGACUUCUUUGUGAUCACUCACUAUGAGAAAACUGGUUCUAGUGGUACAGAACUUGAAGUUGUAAGUUAUGUGGAAGAAUGUGGAAUGGAGGUCUUGGAACACUCUGUGUUUUGAUGGUCACUGUGGCAUUCUCAAGCAACACUCUCACGCACGAUUCUGCAAUAAGAAUAGGACAGCUGUUUCUUGGACAACAGGUGUUCACAAUUGACUGCAUAUACAGUGUAGCCACAAGACAAUACCUUAGGAUGGAUAGGUCUGAAAGUGUGCGUGCUUCAUCAAGAUCUCCCUGUUCUUGGC